AUGAAAAGAAAACCUCACUCCUUUAAGCAAAUGAGUAGUCAAAUGUCCAGAAAUUUGUAUUACGCAGCGGGAACAAUCGUGGCUGUAUGGAAUAUAAACGACGGUUAUUGGCUUGGAAAAAUGACGAAAGAUUCAUCGGAUAAUGAUGAUGAACCCGAAGCUAGAUGGUAUAUAACAAAAUUUAAAGCAAGAUUAAGAACACCUGCUAUAAAAGUUCCAAAAACAACAGUAAUUUAUAAUUUUGGUAAUGUUCAAAAAGGCAAUGAGUUUCAAUUGACCCACGUCGAAGAAAAAGAUAUUAUGGCGGCUCUCGAAAGAUCCAAACAUGGAGUUGACAGAGUACGCGCCAGUUCAAAUACGUCAGCAACAACAAUCGAAAAUUUUAUCGAUAAUAGAGCUCGUGAGAAUGAGGCAAAAUUAAAAAUCAAAUACGAUCAAUUGCUGUUAAGUUAUAAAUUUCUGCAGCAAGCAUUGAUGACCAGUAUCGAUGAAACAAAUAUUAUCGAUCAAUUAUUAUUAUUGAUAAAUUUGAAUUCGAUGUUAUGA